AUGAUUAUAAAUUCAUUAAUAAUUGUCUUAGGGUUAGAAGCAUUACUUAAACAAAUUUUAGAUGAUCCAAAUCAAAUGGAUAUUCAUUCACCAUUUGAUAAAGUAGUAUUUUUAAUAAUGAGUUAUAUUUUUAACAACUCUAUGAUCAGAAUUAAAAAUUAUAACGGGUUCUUCAUCAGAAAAUUAGAAUCACAAGUUACAAAAUUAACAGAAUCAGGAUUAGAAAAAUACUCAGCUCCUCCAUCGGUCUAG